AUGCGACGGAAAACAUUGAUUUUAACAUUCGUUAUCAUCAUCUUUUCUUUCAUUAUACUAAAUCGACUUUUCAUCUCUCGUCUGCCAAUUUGCCGCAAGUUACCGUCAAAUACUCCGUCAUUGUCUACACUUACUUGGAAAGAUAAUCACGAUGAACUGUGGAAAAUACCCGAAUGGGUUGAACAAUAUAACGUUAGUCAUUUAUUUGAUUGGACUUGGCAUAAAAAUAGCGAUUACAAACGAUGUCGACCACCAAUCACUCGUUCACCACAAGCAGAAACGUGCUCUGCAGGCUCCCCAAUCGUUGUCAACAAUGCUCUUGAAUUCUUUCGUUCUCAUCCCGAACACGGUUGCGUCGUUGAUGACAUUGCACGUUUACCUAAUUUGAUACCUCAUCCAUUACCUCGCACACGUUCAUUGUCUGAUACGUGUUCUGCACUGAAUAUCAAGCGUGAUUGGAUCCUAUGCAAUAAACCACAAGUCGAACUUGAUCGUUGGCUUCCAACUACGACACGAUUUAUCACCGUUGCAAUAUUUAACGCAUACGUUGAUACAGGCCAUUGCCAUCCAGAUGUACCAGGAACUAUUUUUACGGAAUACGCUACCUAUCAUCUCCAACGUUGGACAAAUAAAUGGUGCAAUAAUGACCCUAUUCGUCAGAUACCAAUUGUUGAAGCUCAAUAUCAGCAUUCCGAAUUAAUUGAUACAAUUGGAAAUUAUUUAAGUGCACCUGGUCAUUUUGGACCUCAGCAGUUGCCACGUUUAUUACGUCUACUUGCAACUGCACCAAAAACAGCAAAAGUUCUCGUUGCCAAAGGCGGUGUAGCGGACGGUCUAAUCGAUAUUCUUGUUGACCGUGGUGUUGUCACGCAUGAUCGUAUCGUUCCAUAUGAGAAACAAAACCCUUCUUACCAUUACGCUCAUAUCGUUUAUCGUAGUGAGGCUUGGCCUUAUUUGAGUGAUGCUAGGAAUUCUCAUUAUGUUCAUGAUCGUACAGAUAUGCAACUUAUUCAUCGUGUCUUAGCUGCUGAUAAACAAGGAUCACAUACGAAAAGGAAUCUUGUUAUACUGAUAAAACGAAAGAUUGGUGGAACACGAUCGAUUAUUGAACAUUCAAACGUAGCGUUAUUCAUUGAGUCUGCUUUGAACAAAUCUAAGUUAGCAAAUGACUUGCAUUUAGCAAUUUUUGAAGCGCAUGGACAUAUGCGUGAACAUAUCGACUUAUUUCGUCGAGCUCGUAUUAUUGUUGGUCCUCAUGGUGCUGGAAUGAUGAAUAUUCUCUGGGCACCGCCUGGAACACAUGUCGUCGAAGUUGGAUACACAGAUGGAAUGAGAUUUCCGGACAUGUACGCAGAAAUGAGCCUCCAUUUGGAUCAUCAUUAUUGGAUUUGUAAAGGAUAUGGAAAUUA